CACAUGAAGCUCUGCUCGCUUUCUUUUUCAAGUAACUUUCUAACCCUCAUGGCUGCUGAGAAAAGCUCGAGAACAUGGAGCGAGUGUGAUUUCCAGGCUUGGAGCCCAGAAGGCAAAGCAGCAGCGCCUGCAAUUCAUUAACAAUCAUGAGAUUGUUAUGGAAAAAUUCAUUUGUUUGCAGUGUUGUCACUGGAUUGGCCCCGGGAUACUAGAGAGACCAGAUGAAGGUAAUUAAACAUUCUGAGCAGGUCCUGAAGACAGCAUUGAUCUCCAAGAACACGCAGCUUGUGAAGCUGUAUGAGAAUCUUGAGUCGAGGGAGAAGUGUUUGCUCAAUGAAGCAUUUCAGCCAAACAGUGUUCUCUUCAGACCCAUCACUCUGCAUUCGGAGUCAGACUGGAUCUCCUCACAUCCUGAACCCACCCAGGACUUUGAACAGUUUUAUAACGAUCCUUGCAGAAGCAGACCGACAUCUCAGAAAAAUGCCAUUUAUGUACAGCCCAUUGGUUCUUUUGGGGACACCAAAGUUAGUACGGAGGAUUAUAUGAAAUGGUUGAAGGAUUAUUGUGAAGCCUUUUACUAUGGCCUAUCUGUAAAAAUCCUGGAGUCGAUUCCUGUUUCACGCACAGGUUGUGCUUUUCGAGUGAAUGAGUACACAUGCAAUCUACAGAUUCAUGCAGGGGACCUCUUGAAAUACCUAAAGAAGAAAAAGCCAAAAGAAGAUGCUUUCUGUAUUGUUGGGAUAACAAUGAUAGAUCUUUAUCCAAGGGAGUCCUGGAAUUUUGUCUUUGGACAAGCCUCUUUGACAGAAGGAAUGGGGAUCUUCAGCUUUGCCAGGUAUGACAGUGAUUUUUAUAGUGCAAGCUACAAAGGCAGACUGCAGAAUGUCAAAAAGCUUCCCUCAGCAGACUAUUCAAUUUUUGAUGGCUAUUAUACUCCUGCAAUCAACAGUAUGCUGCUUCUGAGGUCCUGCAAGACCCUGACCCAUGAGAUUGGGCACAACUUUGGACUCCAUCAUUGUCAGUGGCUGCAGUGUGUGAUGCAGGGUUCCAAUCACCUGGAGGAAUCAGACCGACGCCCAUUGGACCUGUGUCCAAUUUGUCUGCGCAAGUUACAGUCUGCCAUUGGCUUUCACAUUGUGGAGAGAUACCAGGCGUUACUUGGGUGGAUGGAUGAAGAUAGUAGUGGAAUAGAUGCUGAACUCGGAAAUGAAGCCAAGAUGGGCUUGCUGAAACCUGUGGAAGCAUUUAAGGAAUGUCGAGAGUGGGUAUUCAAAUGUCUUGAUAUCUUGCAGAAAUAAAGCUCUAGGAUGUAUGUAGUAUCAAAGGGGAAACAUACUCCUCUAUUUAAAGAGUUACUUUCAGGCUGACUACUUCUAAAACUGUUGUAACUUGAUAUGGGUCAUCCACUGUAUUGUAAGGAUUUGUAAAUAAAAUUCCAUCCCUUUGUCACUGAA